UCGCCUCUCAUCAUUGUAACGCGUCUGUCGGGGUCGGUCUCACAGCAGCGCUGCUGCGUUCACUGACGCGCUCACGUGUGCUUCAGACAACAUGUAGGCAGCCACAAUGACUCCCUGACAAUAACAUUACUAUCACGUAACAGAUUCCAGUCUGCAAUGUGGCGGCGGACUCAGACGAAGAUGAACGCCACCGCGCAGGGGAAGCAGACGGGAGUUGGGAAGAGGCAGCAGCCGGUCACGGGAAGCUCUUGACGGCUGAGCUGACACGCAGAGAGCCGCUCCUUUAUGCACCGCGGCACCGCACUGAACCCAAACAGCCGAUAUCCUCCUUCACGACCCGCGUGGGACCUGGGACGAGACAAUGGCGAGUCAGGGUGACUGCUGCGUGAAGGUUGCAUUGAGGAUACGUCCUCAGAUGGCCAAAGAGAAGAUCGAGGGUUGCCACGUGUGCACGAUGGUCACACCGGGAGAGCCGCAAGUCCUCCUGGGGAAAGACAAGGCCUUCACCUACGACUUUGUUUUUGACAUCGACUCGGAACAGCAGAGCAUCUACCAAGCGUGUGUGCACAAGCUCAUAGAAGGCUGUUUUGAGGGCUACAACGCCACCGUGUUUGCUUAUGGCCAGACAGGUUCUGGGAAGACCUACACCAUGGGGACCGGUUUCGAUGUGAGUCUGAGCCUGCCGGAGCAGGGCAUCAUCCCGCGAGCAGUUAACCAGCUCUUUGAAGGAAUCCAGCGCAGGAAGGAGCAAGCCAAAGAUGCCGGCAUCCAGCCGCCUGAAUUUAAAGUCAGCGCCCAGUUUCUUGAGCUUUACAAUGAAGAGAUCCUGGACUUGUUUGAUGGUGCGAGGGAUCCAGAAACUCGGAGCCGGAAGUCCAACAUUAGAAUCCAUGAAGAUGCUAGCGGUAGCAUCUACACCACUGGGGUCACUUCCAGACUUGUCCAUUCAGAGGAGGAGCUGCUGCAGUGUCUAAAACUGGGCGCCCUGUCCCGCACCACCGCCAGCACGCAGAUGAACGCUCAAAGCUCACGCUCGCACGCCAUCUUCACCAUCCACCUCUGUCAGAUGAGAGUCUGCCAACAACAGCAACAAUUGCCCAACGGUGAGGGGGAGAAUGAGGAAUUAAACGGUGUGGAGUCCAGUGCCAUUGAGCAGCCUGAGUACGAAGCGCUGAUGGCCAAGUUCCACUUUGUGGACCUGGCCGGUUCCGAGAGGCUUAAACGCACCGGAGCCACCGGAGAGCGAGCCCGUGAGGGAAUCUCCAUUAACUGUGGACUGUUGGCCUUGGGAAAUGUCAUCAGUUCUUUAGGAGAUCAGACCAAGAAAGGAGGGCACGUCCCCUACAGAGACUCCAAACUCACUCGGUUGCUACAGGACUCGCUAGGAGGCAACAGUCGCACAGUGAUGAUCGCCUGCGUCAGCCCCUCUGACCGGGAUUUCAUGGAGACCCUCAACACCCUCAAGUAUGCCAACCGGGCCCGUAACAUCAAGAACAAGGUGGUGGUGAACCAAGACAAGACGAGCCAGCAGAUCAGUGCCCUCCGUGCUGAGAUUGCCCGCCUACAGAUGGAGCUGAUGGAGUACAAAGCGGGAAAGCGUGUGGCUUGUGAGGACGGUUCGGAGGGUUACAGCGACCUCUACCAAGAAAACACCAUGCUCCAAAGAGAGAAUGACACUUUGCGUCUCAGAGUGAAGGCCAUGCAGGAGACCAUCGACCACCUCAACACCCGAGUCACACAUCUGCUGGCCAAUGAGGUCAGCGUGCUGCUCUGCAAGUCAGGUGAAGGCAACCAAGAGAUUGGAGCUCUUAUUCAGAACUACAUCCGGGAGGUUGAAGAACUCAGAUCCAAACUGUUAGAGAGCGAGGCAAUGAAUGAAUCACUGCGAUGUCAAGCUGCUCGUCUCACCCCUCGCACACCUUUCACUUCCUCCUGUCUAAGCCCCGCCCCCGGUCACCCUCCCGGCUCCUCCCCCGCCGCCAUGUCCAUGGAGGCAGAAAUGACGGACGUAUUGCGCAGAGCCAAGCUCGACAUUGAGAGGUUGAAGAAGAAGGAGAGGAGGCAGAGGAGGAUGAGUCCAGAAAUGGAGAAAGGUUUGAAAAAACGUGUUAAGUUACACAACCACGAGAAUGGCGACGUCGCUCAAAAUGGAGAAAACGGACUGAACGGCGAGAUUGAUUCAGACGACAAUCACGCAGAGGACGUCAUGUCUCCAUUGCAGGAGGAGAGCGGUUGCGAUGACGAUGAGGAGGAGGAAGAGGACGAGGAAGGUCGGGAGGAAGAUGAUGAGUUUGACAGCGAUGAAAGCCUGGUGGACUCGGACUCGGAUUCUGAUGAGAAAGCCAACUUUCAGGCCGACCUUGCCGACUUGACUUGUGAGAUUGAGAUCAAGCAGAAGUUAAUAGACGAACUGGAGAACAGCCAACGGAGGUUGCUGAUGCUGAAGCUCCAGUACGAGGAGAAACUCAUUCUGCUGCAGAACAAGAUCCGAGACACUCAGCUGGAGAGGGACCGUGUACUUCAGAACCUCAUGUCCAUGGAGAACUACACAGAGGAGAAAGCUAACCGCGUAAAGCAGGAGUACGAGAAACGUCUUAAAGAGAUGAACAGGGACCUUCUGAAGCUCCAAGCCGCACAGAAGGAACAUGCGCGCCUCAUUAAAAACCAGGGCAGGUAUGAACGGGAACUGAAGAAACUCCAGGCGGAGGUCAACGAGAUGAAGAAAGCCAAGGUGGCAGUGAUGAAGCAGAUGAAGGAGGAGCAGCAGAGGAGGAGGCUGGUAGAGGCCAAGAGGAACCGGGAGAUUGCCCAGCUCAAGAAGGAGCAGCGAAGACAGGAGUUUCAAAUCCGGGCCUUGGAAUCUCAGAAGCGACAGCAGGAGUUGGUUCUGCGCAGGAAAACGCAAGAGGUGACAGCCUUGCGCAGGCUGGCCAAACCCAUGUCAGACCGUGUCGCCGGACGCGUGGCCCGCUGGAACCAGACCUCCCCGGUGACCGACUCCGGCGCGGAGUUGUCAGCCAGCACCACCGCGAGCAGCUCCGAACCCGAGAGCGGGAAGACUGUGAGCGGUUUAGUACGGCAGUGGAACAACAAAAACAAUGGGUAUAGUUACUCGGGAGAGAACGAAGGGAGCAUGGAUGGAACACGGGUGAUCGGCAGCAGGAAGAAGCUUCAGCAUAAGCCAGCAGGUGUCAGCAACGCAGCACCAGCCGGCCGAGCCGUCACCUCCAAGUCGGCCCGUCAAAAGUGGCAAACCCUGGAACGUCGUAUUAUGGACAUCGUCAUGCAGAGAAUGACCAUCGCCAAUGUAGAAGCUGACAUGGAUCGACUCAUCACGAAACGAGAGGAACUAACAGCCCAGCAGGAGGCGUUAUCACACAAGAGAGCAGUACUAAUGGCAGACGGGGAGGGUCCGGAAGCAGAGGACCGUCUUCUUUUGGAGAUUAGUGAGGACAUCGAGGUUCUGAACGCAAACAUUGACUACAUAAAUGACAGUUUGUCGGACUGCCAGGCCACCAUUGUGCAAAUAGAAGAGACAAAGGAUGAGCUGGAUUCAGUGGAUACCUCAGUGGUGAUCAGCUCAUGUUCUCUAGCUGAAGCACGCCACCUGCUGGACCAUUUUCUCAAGGCCUCCAUUGACAAGAGCUUGCAGGUGGCGCAGAAGGAAGCACAGAUCAGACUACUGGAAGGUCAGCUGAGACAGACCGAUAUGAUCGGUUCAUCCCAAAAUCACAUGAUCCUCGAUGCCCUGCGAGAGAAAGCGGAAUACAUCCCUGAACUGCAGGCUCUCAUCCACAAUGCACAGCAGGAGAACGGUUACGCCAGCACGGACGAGGAACCGUCCGAGUUCAGUCAAGCCUCGGACAACAGUGUCUCACAAAUGAAAGAGUCCAACAGCCAAGAUGACUUCAAAAUAAAGGUGGAACCUCGUCUGUCGGCUCAGAUGAAGGCGGUGUCGGCCGAGUAUCUGGGUCCCGCCCUGGAGCAUCCGUCGGGCUGCAAGCAGCAGCAAAUUACCAAGUCUCUGGCCUCGCUGACCGACAUCCAGGAGGACUGUCUGACCACAGCCAAGGCCAGCCUGGGCCUUAGCCUCAGUCUCUCCAUGCGAGACCCCUUCCACAAAGAACGAGCAUCACGCACUAUCAGCUUGCCUAUCAGAGGACACACCUUUCCCAGGCAGUCGCGAGGCUACGACACUUCUCCUGUCACCAGAAGGAAAUCUUACGAUCGUUCAUACAGGCCUACGGAUGGCUACACUCCUCCUUCAUCCCCCCCUCUGAGGACCAGGAAUGACCGCAAUGUCUUCUCGAGACUCACCAGCAACCAAAGUCAAGGUUCUGCUCUGGACAAGUCAGAUGACAGCGACUCCUCGCUCUCCGAGGUGCUCAGGGGUGUGAUCAAUCCUAUCGGGGGCGUGAAGGGGGGUCGGACAGCCCCCCUGCAGUGUAUGUCUGUUGCCGAGGGCCAUUCAAAGCCGGUUCUGUGUGUCGACGCCACGGAUGAGUUACUGUUUACCGGAUCCAAAGAUCGCACUUGUAAGGUGUGGAACUUGGUGACAGGUCAGGAGAUCAUCACGCUCAAAGGCCACCCGAAUAAUGUAGUCUCCGUCAAAUACUGUACCUCCUCGGGUCUGGUCUUGUCCGUCUCUACAUCCUACAUCAAGGUGUGGGACAUACGUGAUCCAGCCAAGUGUGUCCGUACGCUCACUUCAUCAGGACAAGUAGUGUCAGGGGAUGCGUGUGCCGGAGCCACCACCCGCACAAUAACAUUUGCACAUGGAGAAUGUCAGAUCAACCAGAUUGCACUCAACCCAUCAGGAUCCGUGUUGUACGCCGCUGCUGGAAAUACUGUUCGCAUCUGGGAUCUCAACAGGAUGCAAGCUUUGGGGAAGCUAACAGGCCACAUUGGUUCCGUCAUGUGUUUGACGGUGGGGCAGUCUGGGACAGGCAAAGACCAAGUCAUCACUGGUUCUAAAGACCAUUAUGUGAAGGUGUUUGACGUGGCGGAAGGGACGCUAGGUAACAUCGGGCCAGCUCAUAACUUUGAGCCUCCGCAUUACGACGGCAUCGAGUGUUUGGCGGUGCAGGGAGACGUACUGUUCAGUGGCUCGAGAGACAACGGCAUCAAAAAAUGGGAUUUGGAGCAGCAGGAACUCACUCAGCAAAUUCCCAUUGCGCACAAGGACUGGGUGUGCGCCCUGGCCUACGUCCCGGGGAGGCCCUUGCUGCUCAGCGGUUGUCGGGGCGGCAUGCUGAAGGUGUGGAACGUUGACAACUUCACUCCAAUAGGAGAAGUCAAGGCACACGACAGCCCCAUCAAUGCCAUAUGUACAAACUCUAGGCAGAUUUUCACUGCGUCCAGUGAUUGCAGGGUGAAAUUAUGGAACUAUGUGCCUGGCUUGACCCCAUGCCUUCCUCGCCGGGUCCUCGCCAUCAAGGGCCGAGCCACCAGCCUCCCAUGAUUACCACCUUCCCUCAUCCCUCUGCGACAAGACGGUGAAGAUCUGGCUGUCCAAGGUGUGGAGGAAGAGGUGACACCUCGAGUGAUGGCGGUUGACCAUUUUUUGGCGCGGCUUCAGAUGUGAGGCGCGACCUCAAGGCAAUCCCACUUUUAUUUGUCACUGUGAAAAAUGGAACAUUACAUUGAAAGGCAUAAUAAACAAUUGUUCCUUUCAUUUUUUUCCCCCAAUUGAAAUUUGAAAGUGCCAUUUGUCGUGACGCUUCUCGGACAAGGCGAAUGCGUCUUGCAGGCACAUCUGGCAGGACCAUUUCUCUCAUCAUAACAAAAUGAAGAAGCGUGUCCUGCUGUUUCCCUUGGUUUUUUGUUUUCACGGGUGAAAAGUAGAAUACUCAAGGAAGGACAUUUAUGGAAAUUAUUUUUGUAUUUUUUACCAUCAAUCACUGGACAAUCAUCAUUGUUAUCAUUAUUUUUGUUUUUACAUGUCUUGCUCAGCUGCUUACACACGGAGAAUAGAAAUCUGAGUGUCCUUAUGGUCUGAACAGUUUUAAUGUAUCACAUGGGAGUUUGAUAUACUCCCAUUGUGGUUGUUCAUUAUGUUUUAUUUAUUCGGGGAAAGCAACGAACAGGAUGGGGUUAUGUUAUGGGCGGACAGAAAGAAAAGAAGCGGACAGAAGAGGAGAAGAACAAACAACAAAAAAUAUACAUGAUUAAACACUUAUGCUACCUAUGAACUAGGAGUGUAACGGUACACACGUCACGGUUCGGUCCGUACCUCACGGUUUGGUACAACAGGAAGAACAAAAAUCACAGUAUUUGAAAGUUCAAGUUUGUUCUAUUGGCUAAAACUAAACAUCAACUCUUAUUAAAGUGCAAAAUAAAUAGAAGGAAACUUGUGAAUUUGUGUUUUUAUGGUUCUGACAUUCUUUAAUUCUUAGUUUAUGUGCAAAAACAGACAACACACCCUUUUUAUAGGGGUCAACUACUGUGGUAACUGUUAAAGUCCGGUAGCACUCGCCAGCUUGCAACCUAGCUAAUUUGUUUAAAAAAAUAAUUUUCAAUGUUGGAUUAUACACAGUUAACUGUAAAGGGCUUGUUAUGUUUUUGCGUCGGGACAACGCCGUAGCUACUCAGUUGAAGUGUUAAGCUACACCUUAGCCUGACGUGACGCUCCCAAAAAUCCUGACUACUCGUCGCGGUGACGCGUUGCUACGUGAACGACAAGGACUGUGAUUUGGCCCCGCAAAACUUAAUUGCAGGGUUUCCCCUACAAAUAAAAGAUUGUGGUGCAAUGCCACACAAAAAUAAAAGCUUUGCACAGACCAUCUCCGCAAACGUUUUCUGCAGCUCCUGCAUUUCAACAUUUGGAGCACAAGCACUGGCUUUCUUAGAAUCACAUUUUAAAAUACGUUGAGUAUUUUGGCCCGCUCGGUCAAAAAGGUUCCUGACCUCUGUCCUAUUCUAUGCUACCUUAUCGAUAAUCCCGGCAGACAUUUUCUCUACUUGAGUGUGUCUAAUUGCACCUGAGAGACAGCGGGAACCAAAAG